AUCCCCGACGUACCCCCUUUGGCCAAAGAGCCCCCCUUAGGGGGAUUAAAAAGUAACCCCCCUCCCGCAACCCCUGGCAACCCCCGGCACCGUAUCGCACGGUCCGCUCGCCUCGGAGAAACACAUUGUCUCUCAGUCUAGGUUCAGAGGUGGUCGAGGUGUGAUGUACGCGUCGCUGCCAGUGGUUUCGCAGUGGAAGUUUCUUGUGUGAGAAAAAUCUGAAUCCAAAGUCAAUAAUAAUCAUCAGGUGGAUCAGUAGUGAUCGCGGAUCAUCAUCAAUGAAGGUUGGAUUCACCAAACGAUCGACUGUGAACUGACGGGACAACGAAUGAAAGAAAGUUCGACGAAGAAAAUUAAAAAACGUGGAAGAAAACUGGAAUUUGUGGGAGUGAAUGAAAGUGUUCCCUCUCUCUCUCACGCUCUCUCUCUCCGCCAACACGUGAACGCUCUUCGGGGGUUACAACUAUUCGAAGAUCUCGAAAGACACUUGAGACGGGGGGGGCAAGAGAAUUUUGCAUCGGCGAAUAAUGCUGUGACUCAGGCCACCAGAAAGUAUAACCGAAUCCAGAAGACGUCUGUCUACACAUUUCCAUUGAAAUAUAAUAAAAAAUGAGAAAAAUGCAGUGGCCAAGAAGUCUCGCGUGCCUGAGCGCCCUGGUAGUGUUGGCUCACGGCGCCGAAUUUGACGACCCCUAUAAUUACGACUACAGCUACGGCGACUUGAAUUUCAACUACGACUCCCCCGUGGGGCGUGGGAUGGGGUCACCCCUCCAGGCUGAGAGCAGAGUGGCAGAUCCGGACCACCUGACCGCCGAUAGACAAGUGAGCGAUUUCAAUGGCUUUUCGAUGCCCUUGUGUUGCCCCGAAGGUCAGGUGUCAGAUGCACACAUGAACUGCAUAAAUCCUCCACAACACUGGAGCUGGCGACCAAGACUUUCUGGGGAGCCCAGUGCACAGUUUGGCUACAGGGGGUUCCCGCGUUGCAGUGAAGGUCAACCUGUACCCAUAUACCAGAAAGAAGUACUUUUUGACGAUAAAGAUGCUUUUGUACCGCGUUACAUCCAUCCUAACUAUGUCCCACCUAGCAAGUACUGUAUUACAAAGGUUUAUGACGACUCCGACGAAGAAGCCUGCGAAAUGCACCAAACCAAGGUUUACAUCUGUAUAGAAGAGAAAGAGCAAAAUCCUGGACUCUAUUGGACAGGAGUGGCUGUUGCUCACCUCCUUAUCAUUCUCACAUUAGUUGCUUUCUUCUUCAUCAGAGACCUGAGAUGUUUGCAGGGCCAGUAUAUGAUAUGUUUCCUCAUAUCUCUCCUUUUGUAUAACAUCUGCCUUUUACCAGGAUCCGUUUUAUCUCUAAACAUCAGCUUUGUCUCUUGUGUAUCACUAGGAGCUGUCAAAUAUUUCUUCUUCUGUGGUGUCAUGUUGUGGUUUAAUGUCAUGUGCUUCGAUAUUUGGAGAACAUUAAAGAAUCGUCAAGAUGUGGGAUCAAGAAAACGAUUCCUCUUGUAUUCCAUUUAUACCUGGGUAAUUGGAGCAUUUCUGACGACGGUCGUGUUAGUUUUACCAUACGCACGGGGAAAAGACAGAGAUGGAUCUCUUAUGGAGGCUGAUGGCGAUAAGUGCAAGUUGAGAACUGACAUUAAUAUGAUAUUGCAACUUGUGGAGACUAUUCUUAUGAUUGUCAACUUAGUCUUCCUCUCUCUCGCAACCUCAAAUACUUGCAAGUACACAAAAUUCGGCAAUGGCUUACCUCGAUGUGAAGCCAAUUUCUGUCUUAAGCAGGGGUGGAAGUUGUACCUAAUAAUGAUUGUACACACAUUGAUAGAUGUUCCGGAUGAUAUUUUAGAUAUCAGGGUUAUUGAUUUGUGGGGGUAUGUGAUUUUAGAGUCCGUGGUGAUCUUCGCAGUGUUUGCAUACAGGAAGUCAGUUCUCAAAGCCUUUUACCAGUGCUUCUGCCGCAGACCUUGCUACCCUCCAGAUGAGGAAUCAUCUGCAGUACCAGAGAAACAUCAGCUCACAACAAUGCACUAGAACUGAUGAAGGUUUCUGGAAUACAUUCAAAUAAGGAAUUAAAGUGAUAUUUUUAUAUUACGGAUAUUGGUGUCAGAUGAAUGGGCUCACGGAAAAGUAAAGCUUGCUUAGCAGGCUUUGUUCAGCUCACUGGAGGAAUCCAAUAGGUUUUGAUAGGUUCAACUGUGAUGAUGCAGUGUCGUGUAUAAUAAUUUGCUCAUUUUUGUAAGCUGGAGAAAUGGAGUUGCUUAUGCAGUCAGUAUUGUUUUAAGAUGAUGAGGAACAAUAGGUAAUAAGUUAGGUAUUAUGUUCUGGUAGUGAGAAAAGUGAUUACAGAAGCAUUUCAUUUCGUAUUUGUGCUCUCUAUUUGGGCUAAUAGGUAGAGAGCUCAAACAGAUCCCCCAAUUCUUUGAGCAUUUUUGAUCCCUAAUUCUUCAUACAUUUCAGUAUUCACAUUUAUAUAUUUUAUUCAGCAGUGUUAUCUGAAUAUUAUUUCAGAAGUUUCUUUCAAAUCAAUUGAUGCACAAGGCAUUUGUAUGUCUCCAUUUAGGGUUUAGCAGUGCCAUAAAGAUCACAUAGUGAGGAGUACAACCUUCAUGUUAUGCAGUGAAGCAUAUUUUUACCUGUCUGGUCCAUGACACUGAAUGUUAUAUUUGUUCUUAGUCAUUUGUUAUUUUGUAGUGGCCUACAGAAAUGUUACGAUAUGAAGUUAAGAAGUACUGUGAAAAUGACUUGACUCAUUUUGCCUGAUUUUUUAGGAAAAAUUAGGUCCCUUCUGUGUAUCAUUUGGAAUUGUUUUUGUAACUAAUAUUUUUUGUGAUGAGAAAUUGAAGUAGAGGUUGAAUAUUCCACAUUACAGUUUUAUGUUCUCAUAAUACAUUUCAUUGAAUGAUGAUGAACUGCAAAGGCAGUAAAGAUCUCACUUGGCUCGUGAUCAGACAAGCUAUGCCGUUCCAAACAGCCCUCAUAUCUUUUACAACUUACUUAAUUUGACUAGUAGCACAACUUGACUAUAAAGAUCAGUUUCUUCAGUUGUUGGAGGCUAUCCAUUUUGCAUAAGUUAACAUUUAUGAUUAAACUUUAUUUUAAAUAGUGCUGAUUGAAAAAGAUUUACCUAAUCAACCAGUUCCUCUCACCAGUAGUUUUUAUAUUAACAGAAAAAAUGGCAAAAGUUGAUGUUUUGUUUUCGCGAAAUUAGAAAGCUGCCUCUGAGAAUGAGGGAUAAAUGUGUUUUUUUUUAUGUAAACCGAGGUAUUUACUGUUGGGCACUAUAUGUUACGUUUGGAUUUAUGUAUUUUAUAAUAAUUGAAAACUUUAAUAAAAGUAUUGCUGCUUUUAUCUAUUUUGUAUCUGACGAUUGUAAAAAAGGAAGAACGAAUAUACAGUGUACCGUAUCGAAUUAUUGGGCGAUUUUCUGAGCAGAUUUUGGAACUGCAUAAGUAAAGUGUUCUCCAGAGUCCUAGCCAUAUUCAUUCAUGGAAGUUUAUUCUCGUAUUUUUUGUAUUUGGUUAAGUUGUGCCGAAAAAUGCUCAACAUUAUUUUUAAGUGUUCCUUAUAUAAUGGUUCCUGUAUAGUUAUGUUCAUUAGUAUAUCUUUUAUUUCUUCUGUUGGAGAAGUAUGUUGACAUUUGGAACUGUGCCAAACUACAUAUGUGAUAUCCAGAAAAAAUGUGGAGUCAUAUCAUUGACUGUGGCCAAAUUACAGGAAAGAGAAUUCUUUUUAUUUUAGAAUCAGGGACUGAAACCGAUUGCAUAGGACGAUUUUGUUAUUGAUGAAUCUGUAUGAAGAUUGUCACUUGUUUUUUUGUUUGAAAUGUAAACAUUUCAUAAAAUUUUAGUUAUUUAUGGCUAGAUGCAUAUAUUUGUCACGUACAUCAUCAUUUGAAAUUCAUCACUCUCCAUGUACAUCAGAAGGACAGCUAUUACCGGAAUGUAAAGAACCCAGGUUCCCGUGUGAAAUAACGGUAGUGUGUGUGCUCAAAGGUGACAUGUAAAUAGUUAGUGAGUUUGUGUUUUUUCUAAACAAGUGCCUAGCCAUUCAACAGCAGAUGAGAAGACCGAGUUAGAAGAAAGUGUACAAUAACGAAAUAAUCUUGGUUAUUUAGAGUAGUGAUGCUGGAGCUUAGUUGUAAAACCGAUUGUACUAUCUUUAUGUUAUGCUGUAAUGGAGCUUAAUGAAAAAAAGUCUUGAUUAUAGUCAUUGCAGCAGUGUAAUCACUGUGUAUGUUGGGAAGCAUCACAUUGGGUAAUUUUAGUUGAAAAUAUUUGUAAUGUGUGUACUUUUAACAGUAUACCCUCUGACCACAAGUGAUAUAAUUUAAAAGGGAAACACACCUCUCUUUUAGAAGAUAAAAAAAAAAUUCUGAUUUACCUUGGCACGCACUGAUUCCUCUGAGAGCAGAAUGAGCAAAUCCAUAUUGUCGGUUUACCUAAGGAAGUCUAGUGGUGUGAUACUUGCAGGUGUUCGCAAAGCUAAUGCUGAAGUAGAGCCUUGAGUCGUUGAAGUGUGGUCAGUUCUCCUUGUGGGAAUCCAUAGUGGUGCAACAGUUUGCACUACCACUUGUUCUGUGAUUAAAUAAAAUACGUUAUUAGGCAGAAUAUGCACCAUUGCAUUAGUUGUUGGAGGGGGGGGGAUGGGAGAUGUCCUUCCAAUUAUUACAAAGAAUAAUGUUUAAGUAAGUGUCCUGUGUAUAGUGUCUGUCCAGGUAACCAUUUGUACUACCCAGGCUGGCUCACUCCUAGAAUGCUUUCUGUGCAUUUAUAUUUAUGAGAUAAAAUUCUUGUUAAGCAUUGGGAUUUCAGUUGACUGUCAAUUGUCUCUCUUUACCUCUGUUGUGUUAGUGUCUGGAGCUGUAUUCAUUUUUUUAACAAGUUGUGUAUGUUUUGAUAAGAUUGUUUUGUAUAUAAAUGAUCAAGCAGGAUGGUCACAAUUUUUUUAUUUUGUAUAUUCCAAACUGUAUCUUGGGAAUUUAAAGAUUGUCAUUGAAAAUUA